AUGCCUUCUUUCACAUACAAGAUGCUCUCUGAGAGUGGAGCAGAGCUCUGCAGCGGCACCUGCGAGAUGUCCGGGAGCAUCCGCCCUAUCCCUGCCAGCGUAUCCGAGAUGUUGGAGACUCUGAAGAGUCAGUAUAGCAAGCUGUGCCUGCGCGAGACUGUGGUUUCCGAGACGGAGGUGGAGUACAAGGUGGAGCGAUACGGCUGA